AUGUUAGCUGGAGACUUGAUGGACGAGGUAAUAGGCCUGGGAGUAGCUAAAUAUAUUGCUGUUAUUGCGGGAUUGUGGCGGUUUUCCAUCCUUUUCACGACUAUUGGAUCGGCAACAUCUGAUGCCUGGAUAGGUGUGGGGAUACUGGGGCUGGCUUGCCGAACGAUGAAAGGGCAAAGAGGGGGAAUCUCGGCACGCACGGUUCCUUCCUUCCUUCGACACUUCGACUUCCGUGCCGACGGAUCUAGAAUUUCUAGAGCCCAGAACAAACACAUUCUGUUCCCAGGAAGGCAAGUUGGAAAACAAGCGGACUGCGCUGAUCACCAUGAGAACAAUGAGAUCCCGUGGACUGGAGAUCCUUUGCCCGGUAAUGUACAUUUGCCGUUACUGGCAAAGGCACACGAAAUGGCUGCUUCAAGCUGCCCAAGGGUCGAUCCAAUGGAUCUUGUUUCCUAUCCUAUAGGAUCCAAUGUCAAGGCUCCAUACGAUGAUACAUUAAGACUUAGACCCGGGCUCCAUCGGCAUUUCGGAGACUAUCAGCUUUCUCGUCAUUGGGCGGUUGUGCUGAGCAGACGGUACUUUGUUAAGAAUCUUAUGCGUGGACCAGCCUUUUAG